GGGUCACAGAGUCUCAAUAUAUUUACAAAUUCCGCUUUUUCGGGACAGAGAUGACUUUUUAGUCCAAAGCUUUGCAAUCUUGUUGCUGUGUCAUCCCCGUGAGUUGUUUUAUUACGAGAAUGGCGUCCCGUGCGUCCCAUGAUAUCAUGCCUACAGAGGCUGAAAUUCUGACGCAAGGACAAUGGUGCCCUGUUAAUAUUGAUGUGCAAGCACUGCACGUUCGGAUUAAACUGAGCAGUGAAUUAAGGAAAGAUUCAGAUUCAAAUCAAAGUUCUUCCACGGCAACAUCACAAAUUCCAACAGAUGGCUCCUUUUCUCCAAUAACAGUUCCUGAAACAGUUGAUUAUAUUCCGAGUUCUGAGGAAGUAUCAGAUCAACCUCGUGUGGUCAAUGUAUUAAAGCAAGAUGCCGGUGGAUUGGGAAUUAGUAUCAAAGGAGGCAGUGAAAAUGGAAUGCCAAUAUUAAUAAGCAAAGUUUUCAAGGGUCUAGCAGCUGACAACACAAAGCAACUAUUUGUUGGUGAUUGUAUAAUGUCAGUGAAUGAAGAAAGUUUGCAAAAUGUAACGCAUGAUGAAGCCGUCACUGUUUUGAAAAACAGUGGAAAAUCUGUACAAUUAGAAGUUCGUUUUAUGAAAGAAGUGACACCGUUCUUCAGGAAGGGAAGAGUUUUAAUGGAUAUUGGUUGGGAUUUACAACCUCCUUACGCUGAUCUGCAGAACGGGCUAGAUCAGUCAGUGUCAGAAAGACAAAUUCCAUUGAAGUUAAGUUAUGUUACAAGGGAUUUAACGGUCACUGAUCAGGGUAAUAGAGUGAUUGAAAUCCAUUCACCUGAUGGUAGAAAUUCAUGUAUAAUCAGGUUCAGUGAACGGGAGACCGCAAUUAUAUGGUUUGAACAUUUACAUAAGAUAUCAUUCCAAGCAACACAACAUGCUGUUGUACAGGCAAACUUGAUACUGAAUUCUAGUGAUGACAGAGGAGACUCAGAAAAGGUCAAACAAUUAAUGUUGAAACAAAUCAGGUUCAUGGGAUGGCUUUCUGAACAGAUUUGCACCGACACACAGACAAUGUAUAAACCAGUGUUUGUCGCUGUAACAGAUAAAGAAAUUUUAAUUUAUGAUUUUGUGCCUUGGACUAGCGAAGAUUGGUCAAUUCCAUUUCUGAGUUUACCAUUACUAGCUACGAGGCUUGUUCACAAACAGAAUGCAGAAAAUGGUGGAAUAUCACAUUCAUUCGAUAAUAUUAUGUUUAGUGUAAGAACUGGUUCAAGGGAAGGAAUCGAAAUGCACACAUUUAAAUGCGGUACACAAGAACAUUUUAAACGAUGGAAACAAGCAAUUAUAAGAAGUUGUCAUCGUGCUGUAGAAAUUAUGAAAGAAAUAACAAUAAAAAUCCAAUGGAAAGAACGUGAAGCUCGUUUGACAAUACAUUGGGAGAAUGGAUUCACUUUACGUGCACUUCCACUAGGAUUACUUGAUGUAGAGUCUGCUCCUGUAAUAUGGGAACAUCCUUUCCGAGAUCUGAGGCAUUCGUCUGAUGAUGGAAAAAGAAUUUUGACACUGGAUUUCGGAAAAGGACCAGAGGAAUUUGAUCUUGGAUCCUGUCCAAAGCCCAUCGUGUUUGUUCUUCAUAAUUUUCUAUCAGCAAAGGUUACAAGAAUGGGAUUGAUGACACAAGUUUCGUGAUUGAUUGAAACGAUUCAGUAACGUCAAUAAUAUGAAGAUAGAGCAAUAUUUUUAUAUAUUUUCAGUCUUUAGAAAGCAAGGGUAAUGACACUAAAGAAUUACUAUAGCAUGACAUACACCUAAAACGAUUUUCAAAAUAGUAUUUCCAACUCAUAAACCAGAAACAAAGAUUGCAAUGCAAUUUUAUCUCAUUCAGUCUUUCAUUAUGCAAAAACAGUCUCAUGUAUUCCAUUUCCUUCGACGUAUCCAACCAUGAUUUAUAAAAACGACCAAUAUUGAUAAACAGCAUACAUGAUACUGUAGCAGGAUACUCACUCAAAUUGUAAUAUAACUCAUUCCUUUACAAAUCAUAUCUUCAAUCUACUCAGGCAUGUCAACUAAUUGUAUAUUAUUUUAGUGUUUUCGAUCUUACCUUGUGUUUAUGAUAUUUUUUCUAUUUUUGUGGCUUUUUAUUAGUAUUUUAGCCAAAAAUCGCAUUUGUUUGCCCAUUAUUCAAUUAAAUGUAAUCCAAUUUUUAAAAUAUUUUAAUUUUAUGUAUUAAUAUUAUGUAAUGAAAAUAUUAUAUUUCAAGGUGAUGAUUUAUUUCUGCAUUUUGUUGAUUGUUUUGUAAAAAAAUAGUUCAAAAAAUUUGCCAAACGCCAACUUUUUUGAAAUGAACAAAAUAUCAAAUUUGGAUCCUCACUAUUUGGAUCAGUUACAAAAAAUGACACUGUUUGAAAUCAAAUAUUAAAAAUUAUAAUUUUUUGUAUUACUACUUUGAACCUGGCGUCAUAAGUUAUCAAUCCAUUGUUUAACCCGGUGCUCUUCAAACUUCUUUCAUCACGACCCACAUUGCGCAGCCAAAUUUUUUCGUGACUCCCAGGAACUAAACUAAAAAUAAAGUUGAAUUUAAUAUUACGGAAACGAAUAAAAAAAAUAAAUAAUCUUUCAAAUUUGAUCGAUAUUUUGUUUUAAUAUGAGUUAGUGUAGAAAAAGUUUUUAUCAUGCACCCCAUUGAGCCCUUUCGCUACCCACUGGGUCGGGACCACCAGUUUGAAGAGCCCUGUUUUAACCCAUGCCUGUAACCCUACCUAUAUUUUAAACGCUAUGUCAUACAUGAAGAAUUUUUUACAGAAAUAAUAAUAAUUUGCACAGAACGGUUGGGUAUAAUGAAGGUUGAUGUACCUUAUUAAGUAUUGCCAUACAGUAUCUGACAGUGUAUUGGUAAUGCAUCCUGCUUACCAUGACGAAUAUAUCAGCAUUUGCUGUGUUCCUGCAAAAUGGUUACAAGAUAUAUACAACACGCAAUAUAUUUUUGAUUUGUUGACACUACAAAAAAAAAUUAAUAAAUUUAUGUUCGCACCACUGGUACCUUCUCAAUUUUUGGAGGAUGUCUCAUAACGUCAUGUCACUCUGUAGUUCUGAAAAAUGGCCCCAAAUAGGGCCCUGACCUUCACAUCAAUUCUGUACAAUUUUUUUAUAAACGUUGCACUAUUACAAACUAUGUACAAUAGUUUUAUUAGAUCUUGUUAAUUUUAAUUGUUACAAAGUGUCCUCUUUAUUUUUACCUAUGAUGAUCUCUCGAUUUUGCGUAGCCAGCAAAUUUUUUCAGAAAGUUAGUUCGAGCUUAGCGUUGCCAUAUUGAGCAACUGCAAUCCAUUCUCAUCCAAACUCUUUUAUUGAACAAUUUAGUCCAGAAUAAUAAAAAUGCUCUAAUUUAAGAUAAAAUUUAGCUCCAAGACAAUAAUCUUUCGAAAACGAAAGCAUUUCCAACAAACUUCGAACUGCUUAGGAUUGGCUGGAGCUCCUGCAAAACUAAAUUACAUUUUACCUCCCAAAUGUCUUGAUUUAUGUGCAUGUUUAAUUUUCCAUUAUUAUUUUAUUGGUAUUAUAGCCUUUUCAAAUGUAAUAUUUCCAGUGUUCAAAUUAUUUGAGAUCUCUGUAUUAUUCUGGUAAUUUUUUCUAUUUAAUCUUUUUGCUUCUGCUCAAAUCACUUUUCUUUAUUUUGUGUUAUUGGGAAGUGCAUGCAUCAAUAAACAAUCAAAGAUUUUUUGCAGCA